AUGUUCUGGGGUAACAAAGCCGCGCAGGCCUCCGAGCCAGAUCUCACGCGCACCGAUUCCUCCAAGAACGAUCCGUCCGCUUCCGCCUCCCAGGCCUCCGGCACCGCAUGGCUCGCCGGUCACUUGCACCACCUCACUCCAGAGCAGGAGAAGAGCCUACAAGAGUUCAAGACGCUAUGCGCUGAGCGCAAGUACUACACGCCCGCCGGCGACAACCCUCCCAGCCAUGAAGACGCUACUAUGCUACGGUUCCUACGAGCCCGCAAGUUCGAUGUUGAGGGUGCCUGGGCUCAGUUCAAGGAUACAGAGGAUUGGCGCAAGGACAAUUCCAUCGAGGCUCUGUAUGAGAAUAUUGGCGUUGACUCGUACGAGGCUGCUAGACGCAUGUACCCGCAAUGGACAGGUCGUCGCGAUCGCCGCGGAAUCCCCGUCUACGUCUUCGAGAUCCGCCACCUGGAUAACAAAGCCGUCGCCGCAUACAACUCAACCAUGACGACCGGCACACCUGAAACGCACAAGUCGUCUACCGUGCCUGCGCGUCUCCUCAACCUCUUCGCAUUGUACGAGAACCUCCUCCGGUUCGUGAUGCCGCUUUGCUCCGCGCUCCCGCGCCCGAACCCCGAAACGCCUAUCGUGACCUCGACCAAUAUUGUAGAUGUCAAUGGUGUGGGACUGAAGCAGUUCUGGAAUUUGAAGAGCCAUAUGCAAGAUGCUAGUGUGUUGGCUACGGCGCAUUACCCCGAGACGCUGGAUCGGAUCUUUAUUAUCGGAGCCCCGUCAUUCUUCCCUACUGUGUGGAGCUGGAUUAAGCGCUGGUUCGACCCCGGAACCACGUCUAAGAUCUUCAUUCUGUCUGCUGCGGAGGUGGAGCCUACUUUGACUUCGUUUAUGGAACCGUCUAGUAUUCCUAAGCAGUAUGGUGGUGAGCUUGAGUGGAAAUGGGGCGAUAUGCCUAAUUUGGAUGAUCCUAGUCGUGAGCUGCUGCAGGGUAUCGAGCAGCCGCUGGCGGAGGGCCAGACGAGGAAGGAGAUUCUGAAGGGACCUGUGCUGUUUGAGGGUGAUCACUUGCAGGUUCUUGGUACUGUUGAUGGGAAGGAGCGGAGGGAAGUUAUUCCUGUGCCCCAGACCCAGACCCAGACCCAGACACAGGCCCCGAAGGUCGAGUCUGAGGCUGCGCCUGCUGCUACUGAGGCUGAGGCUGAGGCAGAGAAGACGGGCGAUGCCGCGCCGGUCGAUGCCGAGAAAAAGGCCGAUGAUGAAAAGGCUGUAGAUAAUGUGGCGGUCAAGGUCAACCAGUUGUCUGUCGAUGAGCCUCAAAAUGCCGCCGCAUAA